AGUCUGUCUGUCUAGGGUUUCUUCGACCAGAAGGCGUGUGAAGUCCUUUCGUGCGCCGGAGAGGAAACUUUGACUGUUUACAAUAAAACUUUGCCUUAAUUUUUCGGGCAUCAGUUGGUAUAAAAAUAUCGUAAAAUUCAUUUCUUCAUUGUUUUUGCACCUGUUGACCAUCAUCAUCCUCUUGAUUAUCAUUCAGAAUUCUUUCUAGACUAUCUCGCUUUGUAUUCGUGCUAUAUUUUGUCGCCCCUUUAUUGAAAAUUUUCACAUCUUAACUCCUUGGAGCCAUAUCUCAUGGCACAAAUUCAAUUGAGAUUCUUACUCUGGAACUCCUUUUGGCCUUUCAAUUUGUUUCCACCUGUCCAUAUUUGUGGUCUUCCUUCUGCAAAUGCUUCUGGCUUCUUUGCUUCCAACACAGUUGCUGUGCAAGCUUACUUUCUAAGGUAUAAAAGAUGCCGAGGACAAGGGCAAGGUCAGCAGCUUCUAAGUCAGAUGUGCCUGAGAGGCGUACUGAGCCAGAAAAACCUGUUGAGUCUGAAGAGCAGGUGGACCUUGAUGAAGACAAUGUCCUUGAGGAGACAAUAGAGGAAGAGGUUGAAUAUGAAGAAGUAGAAGAAGAAGAGGAAGUGGAAGAGGUGGAGGUGGAGGAAGAGGAAGAGGAAGAGGAAGAGGAAGAGGAAGAAGAAGAGGAAGAGGAAGAGGUGGAAGAGGAGGUGGGAGAAGAGGAAGAGGAGGAAGGGGCAGACGAGGAGAUGAAGGCUGCUGAGGCAGAUGAGGAUGUGGAAAAAAAGCAUGCUGAGCUUCUUGCACUGCCUCCUCAUGGGUCAGAGGUAUACAUAGGUGGUAUCCCGCAAGAUGCAUCAGAAGAUGAUCUGAGGGGGUUUUGCAGUUCAAUAGGAGAAGUAACCGAGGUCAGGAUAAUGAAGGGAAGAGACUCAGGGGAGAACAAGGGUUAUGCUUUUGUAACAUUCAGAACCAAGGAUUUGGCUUCUAAGGCCAUUAAGGAGCUUAACGAUACUGAACUGAAGGGAAGAAAAAUAAAGUGUUCAACAUCUCAAUCCAAGCAUCGUCUAUUUAUUGGCAAUGUUCCCCGAAACUGGGGAGAGAAAGAUAUGAAGCGGGUUGUGUCUAAGGUAGGGCCAGGUGUUACUUCGGUGGAUCUGCUGAAGGACCCACAGAACUCCAGCCGGAAUCGUGGAUUUGCAUUCAUUGAGUAUUAUAAUCAUGUGUGUGCCGAGUAUUCGAGGCUGAAGAUGUCGAAUCCAAGAUUCAAGCUCGAUGAUAAUUCUCCAACUGUGAGCUGGGCUGACCCAAAAAAUGCGGAGUCUUCAUCUGCUUCCCAGGUUAAAGCGGUCUAUGUCAAGAAUUUGCCCAAGGAUAUUACACAGGAUCAGUUAAGAGAGCUGUUUGAACAUCAUGGAAGGAUCACGAAGGUAGUUCUUCCUCCUGCGAAAGCAGGGCAAGAAAAAAGCAGAUUUGGUUUUGUUCACUUUGCAGAAAGGUCAAGUGCCAUGAAGGCUCUAAAGAACACUGAGAAGUAUGAGAUAGAGGGUCAAGUUUUGGAGUGCUCACUCGCCAAGCCACAAGCAGAUCAGAAGUCUUCUGGAGGCCCAAACUCUCAGAAGUCGGCCUUACUCCCAAGUUACCCACCUCGUGUUGGUUAUGGCUUGGUUGGGGGUGCCUAUGGUGCUUUAGGUGCGGGAUAUGCUGGUGCAGGGUUUGGACAACCACUGAUCUAUGGUGGGGGACCUACACCUGCUGGCAUGGCCAUGAUGCCCAUGCUUUUGCCUGAUGGAAGGAUUGGAUAUGUUCUGCAACAGCCAGGAGCACAGCCACACACACCACCACCACAGCAAAGAGGUGGCCGGAAUGGUGGGGGAGGCGGCACAAGUGGGGGCUCAAGUGGGGGAAGACGCGGGAAUGACAGUGGCCGUGGACGCAGCCGUUAUAAUCCUUAUUGAUUCUGUAUUUUAGUGAACAACUACCACCAGCAAGGUAGGGAAGGCAGUGCUCCUUAAGGUUGUUUCAUUUGCUUCCAUGUCAAUUCUGUUUGGCCACACAGCUGACAGCCCGAAUUCUAACGAGUGUAUUUCUUCGGAUGAUUGUUUAUGUUAGAUCUCUCUCUCUCUUUUCUCUCUGACACACACACCCACACCCACACCCACACCCUCUAAGUGGGGCGUGUUGAACACGGGUGUUUGGCAUG